AUGUCCGACAUCGAGAAAGGCCCAGACUACACUCACCUCACCAACGAUUCCGUGCAGAGUUUCAGUUGGGCAAAUGUCACUGUCACCGUGAAAGAUCGCGCGACCAAGGAAUCGUUGGAGAUUUUGUCGAGUGUUAACGGAUGCGUGCAAGCCGGGGAGGUGCUGGCGAUUAUGGGACCUAGUGGCUCCGGCAAAACUACCCUUCUGAAUGUCCUAGCCCGCCGCUCCGUUCCAAAAUCAACCGUCCACCAAGACCUAUACAUCAACGGCACGCCCACCUCCCUCCACACCUUCCGCGCACUCAGCUCCUACGUCGAGCAAGAAGACGCCCUCCUCGGCUCCCUCACAGUCCGCGAAACUCUCUACUUUGCUGCAAAACUCGCCCUCCCCCCCUCUAAUGACCGCAAAGCUCGUAUCGAGAGCCUGUUGCGCGCUUUCGGGCUGCAAGACCAGGCUGAGACGCUAAUUGGCACGCCGCUUCGUAAGGGCGUGUCUGGCGGGCAGAAGAGGAGGGUCAGUGUAGCGAGUCAACUUGUUGGCGGGCCGAGGAUUUUGUUCUUGGAUGAGCCGACGAGUGGCUUGGAUUCGGCGGCAAGUAGGGAGGUAGUGGGGGUUUUGAGGAAAGUUGCGAGGAAAUACAAGGUGCUGAUCAUUGCGUCUAUCCACCAGCCGUCCACGACGACGUUUGAGAUGUUCGAUAAGCUUAUGCUGCUUUCGAAAGGCAAGGUUGCGUAUAAUGGCCCGGUGGAGGGUGUUAGGGGGUAUUUUGGAGGGUUGGGCUAUGAGAUGCCACUCUACACCAACCCAGCAGAAUUCCUGAUCUCCCUCGUCAACACCGAUUUCUCCUCGUCCUCUCAACACCUCUCGCAUCUACAAAACCGCGACGUCAUCGCCUACGCCCUCCGCCUUGGGAUGUACCUCUGUCUCGCCCUGCUCAUGGGCACAGUCUGGUUGCGACUCCCCCCAACACAAGCCAACAUCCCGGCCUUCACCGCCGCGAUAUUCUUCGGCGGAGCGUUCAUGUCCUUCAUGGCUGUCGCCUACAUACCUGCCUACCUCGAGGACCUCGCAUUAUUUCGCAAAGAGCGGGCAAACGGCCUCUACGGCCCUACGGCCUUCAUUCUGUCGAACUUCCUGGUCGGGGUGCCGUUUUUGCUGGCGUGUGCGGUGGUAUUCAGUCUCGUGGGGUAUUGGCUGAGCGGAUUUAAUCCGAGUGCGAAGGGUUUUGGGACGUGGGUGCUGUGGCUCUUCCUCGACCUGCUCGCCGCCGAAUCGCUUGUUGUGCUGAUAUCCUCGCUCGUCCCUAUCUUCGUCGUCGCGCUCGCGAGCACGGCAUUCGCAAACGGGGUGUGGAUGUGCGUGGGCGGGUUUCUCGUGCAGCCUCAGAGCUUAAAUGUGUUUUGGCGGUAUGUGUUUCAUUAUAUUGAUUAUCAGGCGUAUGUGUUUCGCGGGAUGAUGGUGGGUGAGUUUGGGAGUAGGGACUAUAGCUGUGGGGAGGGGUGUCGGUGUAUGUAUAAGAGUCGGUUGGAGGAGCAGUGUUUGAUUGAGGGAAAGGCGGUGCUGGCGCAGUAUGGGUUCGAAGAUGAGGGGAUGGAGAAAUAUGUGGGGAUUAUGCUGGGGAUUAUACUAGGGUAUAGGGUGCUUGGGUGGGUGGCGUUGUGGGCGAGGAAGCAAUGA